UGUGUUCCGAACUUCCGAUUGUGUAACACAUCAAUGCACACGCUGGCUGCAAAUGUGAACCAAACCUUCCUAGCCACCGACCUGUGGGGCCACUGUCCGCGAGCUCGUGGGCCCAUGCAGUCAGUCUCCGAAGGCCCGCUUGUUACCGCCGCACCAGAGGAAUUAGGCGCGCGGCGCCCCGGCGCCAUUUGGGGGGGUUCCGAGGCGUCGGCCGCCUUCAUCACUCCACCCCGCCAUUCCAUGCCUCUCGGAUAUCAAUCGCUCCAUCCACUCCCCCUCCACCUCCGCAUCCCAUUCCGCACAAAGAUUGCGAACCCUAGUCGCCGCUGCCCCCCCAGGUAGCCAGCUGCUUCUCCAGAGGAAGCAGCGCCAGAUGAAGCAAACUUCGCUGGAUAUGUUUCGGAAGACUCCCGAGGAGGUUGUUCGGGAGAGGCGCGCCCCUGGCUUUGUUCAGCCCGAGCUCUCGGAGGAGAAAAAGAAACUGGAUGCUAAGUUCACCAAGCUAAUGUCCAAGUUCCUGCAAGAAAAUGACCUACCUCCCAGUGUCAUCGACAAUAUAAACUUUGACAUUAUGCUGGAGGCCGUUCGGCAAUUUGGACCUAACUUUGUACCUCCUAGUAAGGAGGAGAUGGAUGGGCGUCUCUUCGAGAAGGCGAUGAACAGGGUGGCUGAACGGAGGCAGAAGCAUGAGAAGGCCUGGGAGUGGCAUGGUUGCACGCUCAUGGUGGAUUCCUGGAUCCAUCCUAGGAGGAACCUUCACUUGUUCCGUUUCAUGGUCGGUAGCGUGGAGGGGAUUUUCUUCUUGGGAUCUGCUGAUGCUACCUAUGCAUCGGAUCAUCCAGAUUUGCUGGCAGGUUUGAUAGAGGAAAGGAUUGAGGGCAUUGGUAGGGACAAAGUUGUUCAGGUCGUCACUGAUAACAGCCAUAACCUUAAGGAGGCGUGCAGGAUUCUAAUGGACAGAAUUCCCACACUAUUUUGGACCCCCUGUGCUUUCCAGUGCUUGGACCUUAUGUUGAAGGACAUUGGGAGGUUGGAACAGUUCAAGAAGCAUAUUCAACAGGCCAGGCAUCUCACCACUUUCGUAUACAGGCAUCCGAAAUUUCUCUGUGCAAUGUGCGAGAAGAUGGGCGUGAACGAUCUUGUGGCACCUGCAACCACUCGAUAUUGCACAUCCUUCCUCACUUUGGAAAGGAUGCACAAGCAUAGAGAUGCAAUGAAGUGUCUAUUCACUAACGAGGAUUGGAGUAGGUCUAAGUUGUCAAGCACACAGGCAGGCAGAAAUGUGUGUGAAAUUGUAUUGUCUACCGCAUUUUGGAACGGGGUUGAAGAUUGCAUAAAAGCAUCAGAACCACUUCUUGCUCUGCUGAGGAUGGUCUACAGGGCUGAGAGACCAGCAAUGCCAGAGGUUUUUGCUGGUCUCGCUCGUGCUAAGAAGAAAAUCAGCAACUCUUUUUCGGGCAAUCCAGGACUAUUCAAGCAACUGAUUGAUAUUAUUGAGCUGCGUUGGUCAGACCAAAUGGAGCAAAAACUAUAUGGGGCUGCAUUGUUCCUGAAUCCAAACAAAUUUUUUGACAUCAAAGUUAAUGAUCCUGCUUAUGCUUCUAGUCUACGGGCGAUGUUCAAUGAUGUGAUUGAAAAAAUGGUUGUUGAUAAUGACAAAUUGAUCACCAAGGUGAGUGACCAAGCUGAUCAAUAUGAGAGCACUGAAAGUAGCUUUGGGAAGAAAAUAUCAACCCUGCAACGGAAGAAAAAGAGCCCAUAUGAUUGGUGGAGUGCUUAUGGUGGGUCUGCUACAGAGCUCCAAAGGUUUGCUUGGCGUAUUUUUGGUCUUUACUGUGCAGCAUCUGGCUACGACCGUAAUUGGACUAUGUUUGACUGCAUCCAUACUGUAACUAUGAAACUGUUAGACCGCAAGAGGCUGGAGGAUAGGGCUUACCUUCGAGAGAACCUCAUGAUGGCAGAUAGGUUGGAAAGGCAGCGGACAGAAGGAAGCAACUAUGAACCUUUGAUCCUUGAAGGCUAUGAGUUUGACCAUGAAUGGGUUGGUAUGCACGCUGCACAGCUCUAUAACAGGGAUAGACUUGCUUGGCAGCUUGUUGAAGAUGUGACUGGUGGAUCAUUCACGCUUGAGGACCACUACCGUCCUACAAUUUAUUCUGGGUUGACUAAUGAGACAGGUUCAGACACUGAGGAGGAUAACUCUUUUGUGGUUGACGAUGAAGAUGUUGAAGAUGACUAUGGCCCACAGGAUCCACCUACACCUAGUGAUGAUAGUGAUGGGCUAAGCGACAACUGAGGGCCCUGGGGGCGAUCCUUGUGCUUCCAAUGAUAUCUGAACUGACAAGAGUCUCAUGUGUCUUGGAGGGCCCUGGGGUGUUACGGUAGUAGUAUGGUACUUUUGCUGGAUGUUGGUUAUGUUGCCUUUGAGAACCUUGGUUGACAUCAUUGCUGCUGUGGUACUGCUAUGUUACCCUUGAGCACCUUGUUUAGUUAAUAUCUAUGCUACUAUGGUAUUGCUAUGUUGCCUUGAGCACCUUGGUUGAUUGCAAUGCGAUUAUGCUACUAUCUAGCAUGUAGUGUGAUUUUCUUUGCUGCUCUGAGGACAAACAUUUGGCUUGCCUGUUUGUUGCCUAGUUGGUGUCUCAC